UGCCCCCUCUACUUCGCUUCGCAACCAGGCAACUCCUCUUCGUCCAACAACAACAACAACUCCAGCUCGUACGGCUCCGGCGGUGGCGGCUCCUCCGGGGGCAACCAGUCCUCCUCCAUGUCUGGCGGACUCAACUCCUCCAACGCCAACUCGAGCAGUGGAGGGAAUAACGGCUUCUCCACCACCUCUGGCGGUAAUGCGACCAACUCCAACUCUAAUUCGAACACGACGUCCUCGUCGUACGGCAAUACGUCUUCCAACUCCAACCAGAGCAACAAUGCGUCGUCCUCAUCCUCCUCGAACAAUAACAACAGCGCCUCGUCGUCGUCGUACGGCGGCGGUGUCGGCCAGUCCAGCGGGAACAAGGGUGGCUCUGCCUUUGGCUCCUCCUCCUCGGGCGGCGGAUAUGGCGGCGGCGGCGGCUCUGAGCAGCAGAACAGUAGCAGCAGCGGCGGCGGCGGCGGCGGCGGCGGCGGGAACCAAGGGUCCUCCGGGUCCAGCUCCUUCUUGUCCGGCAGCGGUGGCGGUAGUGGCGGCGGUGGGAGCGGUGGGUACGGCAAUGAGUCGAGCAGCGGAGGUGGUAGCGGGUUUGGACGACGUUGAGGCUGCGCAAGGCUAGGCCAUUGCUAGCGCGAUACCCGCCUCGCGUACCCGGCUGUUUCCCUUUCUCGGCGUGACGAUGAAGGCUGCUCCUCCUUUCUCUUCUUCUCUGAAGCAAAG